GAACUUCUGGCCAGCAGAGGAAAAGAACACUCAGCAAUGUCACAUGGUUUUGCUACAGCCACAAGCCACCCUUUGUUUAACCAUUUUCCAGGGUUUAGAGCUGUUAUGGGACUAGGCAUUGGGGAGGGGGGGGAGGUGUCUCCUAGCUAGGUGACCUGGUCAUGGUAGAGAUGGCACCCAGAAUCAACACAGGUAAACGGCAAGACCAAGCUGCAGACCCUCACAGAGCAUGUCCUCCCUGCUCUGACCGUGACCUGCAGUUGUUACAGAGAGGGACUGCAUCCCAGGUCCACCUGCACAGUGUUCAAAGUGCCCAGCAGGCAUGAAUGUAAGAGCACUUAGGUGUUGUGUUGCUUUUUUUUUUUUUUUUACUGGGAUUGUAGGCACCUGAAUACAGGAAGAGACGCGUUUCCAUAGGGCAGGCAGGGGCGGGGAGGACUCCUCCUGGCGUGUGUUUGUCCUGCUCUGUGUAUUCAGCCAGCAGGCCUAACAAGGAAGCAAAGGGCACAGGGCCAGGCUCUGCAGCUAGUCUGAGACUGGGCAGCAACCGCUGAAGACGCAGGACCCUGAGCAGAACCAACUGUUGGAAACUGUGGGGGACCCAAGAUACUCCCACCGACUUACCAGGAACAAUGGGAAACCAGAUGAGCGUCCCACUAAGGCCUGGAGACCAGGAGCACGACCCAGGAGCAGACACUUGCAAGGUGACGUCAGACAAUGAGUGUGUUCAGAAUGGGAACCCAGUUGUGCUGUCCACUCGUGUAAUUCAACACUAUGAGGAAGUCGACUUGGGAAUCAGCAGCUCCAAGGAUAAUGUGGCUACUUCUUCCCCCAAGACAAUGGAGGCCCAGGCUGUGGGCGAUGCCAGCGGAAAGAAUCUUGGGAAAGAAGCCAAGACCAAGGCACCAGCUGCUAGAUCCCAUUUUUUCUUGACACUCUCUCGGCCUGUACCAGGACGUCCCGGGGACCAAGGCACGGAUUCAUCGGCUGCAUCAGGGAGGUUUGAUGUCAGCCCAAGCGCAGCGCCUGAGAACAAAGACCCAAGUGAGCACGGGGCACUUCCGGUGGCAGCUGCACCAGGGCAGGCUCCAGAUAAAACCCCAGGGUGCCCCGAGGCCAAGCAGCAGACCCUCCCUGCCACCGGCCCAUUGGCACCCUCACCACCUGAGUCCCAGGCAGAAGCCCCGGCCCAGGACAAGGAUUUCGGCUUUUUGAACAGAUUCUUUAAACUGGACAAAGGAAGAGAAAGCGCGCCGGUGAACAGCCAGCCCAAAGAAGCGAAAGGCUCGGAAGACCCAGAACAGGCCACAGAGGCUCCUGCCGUGCCAGGGAAUCCCCAUGGUGUCUCUGCAGGGGAGGACAUAGUCGACAGCGAGCAGAGAGGACAAGACGUUGACACUCUGAGUUAUUCUGUCCCUGGGGAUCCAGAGGUGCCGGGGACCACGAAGGAGGACCCGCAGGUGGUCGAUACCACAGAGAACAGCAGCUCCAUCAUGAGCUUCUUCAAGACACUGGUUUCACCUAACAAGACUGAAACAAAGAAGGACCCAGAAGACACGGCAACCAAGGCAGACAGUGUCUGUGAUGGACACGCUGCUGGCCAGAAGAUGUCGGAGACGCAGGCUAAAAGCAAGAAGAAGCGCCUGGACAGCCCCAGGCUAGGACUCUCCUUUAGAAAGCUCUUUAGGCACAAGGAUACUGAGAACUCACCCACGACUUCAGCCAAUCUCAAGUCGGACAAAGCCAACUUCACACCCCAGGAGACCCGAGGGAAGACAAAGGCUACCAAAAGCUGCAGCCCCCCACCGCCACCUCCUGAACCCACCAGCGAAGGGAGAGACAGCGGCAAGGAGAAGGCAGGGCCCACCUCACUACCGCUGGGAAAGUUGUUUUGGAAGAAGUCAGUUAAGGAGGAUACACUUUCCACAGGUGCAGAGGAGAACGCGGUGUGUGAGUCACCAGUAGAGACCGUAAGGCUUGAGGAAGUAGAAUCCAGCUUACAAACUGUGGAUCUCAGUGAAGAGACCCAGCCUGAACCCACAGACGUAAAAGUCAAAGAAGAAAGCAAACCCCGGAAGACCCCUCUGAUGGCGUUUCUCAGACAAAUGUCAGUGAGAUCGAGCGAAGGGAUCCCCCGCUCGGAAGAAAGUAACGUGAAAGACUCCAGCUGCCAAACGUCAAACUCCGUGGAAAAGACGCCCUCACCCCCAGAGCCAGAGCCCGCGGGAACAGCUCAGAAAAACAAGGAGACCUCCUCCUCGAAGGACAAGAAAUCAGUGGACAAGAAGUCAGCGACUGAGAACAGCAAGCAGAAGAACGGCAAACAGGAAGUCAGAGAGCCGGCGCCGUGUGUGCAGCCGCCCACAGUGGAGGCAAACGCAAUGCAGACUGGGGACAAGACCCCAAAGAAGUCUGAGAAGCGGCGACAGUCCCUCGGGGGCUUCCUGAAGGGCCUGGGACCAAAGCGGAUGUCGGAUGCUCAGGUGCAAACGGACCCGGUCUCCAUCGGACCAGUUGGAAAAUCCAAGUAAACAAAAUCACCCAGUUCCCACUGGGUUCUCCUCCCACUCCAUCUACUGUCCAGACCCACACUGUGUAUAUAUUUUUCUUCUUCUUCUUCUGGUCAGCCAAUGAAAUUCUGCCUACAACUUCAACCUGAAUUGUUGUAGAUCGAGGUGUAUUAUUUACGUCUCUGGUCCAGUCUUUCCUGGCAUUUAAGUGUAAAAAUGGCUUAGCAGGUUGACCAGUUGAUCCAAGGGAGCUGGUGAGUGCCAGGUGGGGGAGGAAGUAGGUAGAUAAAGGCAUUUGUGUUAAGUUAUGAAAAAAUGGCAGGUAUCCAGUAAGAUGCAGAAGAAAAGUGCUUAUGAGACAAAGAAUAUCUGGAUUUGUAGCCACUCUUGCCACAUCCUCUAAGCCUGAAGAGGGGAAGGGAAGACUGGUUUAUUUCAUUUCACACUUGGGGGAAGGAGGACUCAGGGCAGGCAUCUACGCUGGGCGUCUGCCAACUUUUGGAACAGGAUGUGUGGGCUGUAAAGAAGAAUGGGCAAGAAUUGGUUUUCAAAUAGGGUCCUUGGAAGUUAUCAGUGAAUGGGGAAGUGAUUUGCUGGAGAGGGCUUGCUAGGAUUUGGGGAAACAAUUACUUCUGGGGCACAGGGACAAGGGCAUGAAUUCCCAACUUCAAAAGGGAAACAGCAAAAUGAAAUAAAGGUGCAGGUUCAUUUUGCAACACAAGGGGGCGCCAGGAUCUCUGCUUUUUCCCUUUGCAUCCGGUACCCCUAACAAAGAUUUGUUUCUGCACUAUUUCAUUAUUAAUGUUUCUCAGAUGGCUGAGGGACUUGCUUCAUCUGUUCGGUCUGACGCUUAUCUCACGCCUGUCUGUAAUGUCCUAAUGUUUUCAUAAUGUGCUCUGAUAAAAACCCUCCCCUAACCCAGUUAAUAAAAAUUGACAGAUUAUGCGAAUA